CGGGAAAUUAUGAACGCACAAGUUUAUAAAAGUGAUGAUAAUGCUGAGAACUUAACAAUGAUCAGUUAAAGUGUUAAUGAAGUGUUAAAAUAUAUACAGUUCAUGGAACAUGACGAUAUGGGUGAUAAAACUAUAUAUAGUGAAAAGAGGUUGAAAGACGGCGCCCCCGCGGUGUGCUGCAAAAUUUCGAUAUUGGCUAUUGUUUGUACAAUUAUAUCAUUAGUCAUCCAAUUUUAUAAUUUAGGAUUCGUAGAUACAAAGGAUUGUCUAGAUGAUAGAAAAAGAGAUUUUAUUAGAAAUGUUCUGGAAAGUGAACUCGAGGAAAAGUUGGAAACUUAUUUGUCUAUCGUAACAGGACUAACAUCAAACCGUUUCAAAAGAGAAGCUAUGUUGAAACCUUCACCAAUUCAAGAGGACAAUACGGUAGCACCCCAUGUAGAAUUCUUCAAUCCUAAAAUGAGGCCCGAGUUGGAAGAGAAGGAUGAAGCUGAGAUGCGUAGGACUGGAGCGAAAGGACCUGCUCCUGGAGGUGAUACGUGGGUCUGGCUGACCAGCUACUCCAGGGUACCAUACAAAGUUGUGCAAGGCUUCUGUAAAGCUACUCAAGACUACUGUCCACCGGGUGUUCAAGGUCCAAAAGGGCCUAACGGAUCUCCAGGACCAAAGGGGGACAGAGGUGAACCAGGGGCGCCAGGAACUCCUGGACAUUCUGGCUCACGAGGCCCAAUCGGCCCACCGGGACCUAAAGGUGAAAGAGGUUUUCCUGGUAAUCCAGGCUUAGAUGGCCGAGACGGUGUGCCAGGAGAACCAGGCUUAGAUGGUGUAUCAGGUAGGAAUGGUGCCGAUGGGGCACCAGGAAAAGAUGGUCGUGACGGUAUACCAGGAAAAGACGGUAGUCCGGGUAAAAAUGGAAAGGAUGGCAAAGACGGACGAGCAGGAGCUCCAGGGCCAUCUGGCUUGAGGGGACCUAAAGGUGACAAAGGCCCCAUUGGUCCAAAAGGUCAAAGAGGUAACGACGGACGUGACGGCGCCCCUGGUCGACCAGGGCUAUCCAUAUACAAUUAUACUAAAGAGAAGGAACUGUUCAUACCUCCUACUUUUGCACGUAAGAACAUAUUUAAAUAA